AAUGACGUCACCGGUACGGCAGCCUGGAAGCGCGAAGCGUCGAAAAGCCGGAUGUGAGAGGGAAGUGAAAUCUGCAGAAGUGUGUUAGUUUGAAUUAAAAUUAAUUUAACAUACAACAGCCAUUUCCUUUCGGAAUGAGGUGUCGCAGCACUAGCGUACGUCAGAUCUCCAUUGCCUCUGAGCCUCGUCGCACGUUUUUUCUUAAGCUAGAGUGGGCUGAGGAUCUUGGAUCUGGCUUUGUUAUACUUCUGUCCGAUGGCGUCUCUGCAUGGAGUGGUGAAGUUUCAGAGGAGGAUGUGUCCCAUGAAGCCCAGGAGAUCGAGAUGGAGCUGGAGAGGUAUGUUGGUGACCUGCACCUGGCUCUGACCGGAGAGGGACCGGCAGCGGAGGGGGAAUACAGCUUCCACCUGACACCUGAGAGACCCGGCCGCCCCCUGCUGCAGCUGUCUUAUGAGAAGGUGCAGAACGACAUCUCGUUCAGGCUCGGCGUGGUGGAUCUGCAGGCGGUGCCUGAGCCCACUGAAGUCAUAAGGGAGCUCAUUAGUCAUGGCCUGGAGCAGAGUGCACGUCUACAGGCCAAAAACCAGCACCUGCUCGAGGAGAACCAGAAGCUGAGGAGAGAACAGGAACACAUCACUAAAGAGAUGGAGAGGUACGUCCAGGGGAAGGAGACGUUGGAGAGAGACCUGUACAGCCGGUUUGUGCUGGUCCUAAACGAGAAGAAAGCCAAACUCAGAGCCCUGCAGAAAAGAGUCAAAGAGCUGGAGGAAUCUAUUGAAAAGAAUCGAUUGAGAAAGAAAAAGGCAGACAGCGAAGAGCACAAUGCGACGGAGACUGCGGCAGAUAAGAGUCCUGGAGAAGAGAGUGAUUAUGGAGGCAGUACAGAAGAUGAACAGGAGGCUGAACCCAGACAGCCUGACCCGAAGCCUCUUACACAAGAGAUGCCAGAAAGCAGCCCGAUGGACGACAGCUUAAAUGACAUCACAGAUGUGGCGCCCUGUCGAAAACGCCGCCACCGACAUCUCCAACAGCUGGAGAGUCAAGCCAAACGAGCAGCGCUGGACCAGCGACAGAGAUCCAGAGAGAAGCCGACCGAAGAGGCCAAAGCUGAGACGAGCAAAACGUCAAACGUCAAACCGAAACCAGCAAGCGCUGCUGCGAACCUUGAUCCGGACGACCUGUUCGAUGAUAUAUGACCCUGUUUGGGGCCUAAUGAGCACCGUUUAUGAUAAGCAUGACUUUUGUACUGUUUUUAAACUGUAGGAGUAAUAAAAUUGUACGUUUUAAAAGUAUUUUUAUAGUAAAGCUGAAUUGGCUAAACAAUAAAAGUUUAAAAAAGAACACUAUACUUUUUAAUGGCAAGUGGAGCAAAAUUAUGAAUUAG